GAUGCUUAAAGGCUCCCUAGGACCAUUACAGUCCUUUAUCCUAGCCACCAUUUCUGCCUGCCUUUUCAUUCAAAGAUCUGAUCUGAUAACACCUCCCAUAAGGUGUAUGCGGGAGUAAAUGAGUCUGGAAAGGUCCCUGGCCCUGGGGCAGCAGUAUACAUCAUUGGGGUCCCAGCCUCUGCUCUGUGGCUCCAUUCCCGGUCUGGUCCCCAAGCAGCUUCGUUUCUGCCGCAACUACAUUGAGAUCAUGCCCAGCGUGGCAGAGGGAGUGAAGCUGGGCAUCCAAGAAUGUCAGCAUCAGUUCCGGGGUCGACGCUGGAACUGUACUACCAUUGAUGACAGCUUGGCCAUCUUUGGACCUGUUCUUGACAAAGCCACUCGGGAAUCGGCCUUUGUGCACGCUAUCGCCUCUGCUGGUGUGGCUUUUGCUGUCACCCGUUCUUGUGCCGAGGGUACCUCUACAAUCUGCGGCUGUGACUCCCAUCACAAGGGGCCUCCUGGGGAUGGCUGGAAGUGGGGGGGCUGCAGCGAAGAUGCCGACUUUGGGGUGCUGGUCUCCAGGGAGUUUGCUGAUGCCAGGGAGAACCGUCCAGAUGCCCGCUCAGCCAUGAACAAACAUAACAAUGAGGCCGGCAGGACGACUAUCCUGGACCAUAUGCACCUCAAAUGUAAGUGCCAUGGGCUCUCAGGGAGCUGCGAAGUGAAGACCUGUUGGUGGGCCCAGCCCGACUUCCGGGCCAUUGGUGACUUCCUCAAGGACAAGUAUGACAGUGCCUCUGAGAUGGUGGUAGAGAAACACCGAGAGUCAAGGGGAUGGGUAGAGACCCUCCGGGCCAAGUACGCACUCUUCAAACCACCUACUGAACGAGACCUGGUCUAUUAUGAGAACUCCCCCAAUUUCUGUGAACCCAAUCCUGAGACUGGGUCCUUUGGAACCAGGGACCGGACUUGUAAUGUCACCUCCCAUGGGAUAGAUGGCUGUGACCUGCUGUGCUGCGGCCGAGGCCACAACACACGGACAGAGAAGCGAAAGGAGAAAUGUCAUUGCAUCUUUCAUUGGUGUUGCUAUGUCAGCUGUCAAGAGUGUAUCCGUAUCUAUGACGUCCACACCUGCAAGUAAAGACCAGAGGGCUCUGGGAGCAGGUGAAGCAUGUGGCUGGGAGGAUUGACCACAGUCCCACGGGAAGCCAGGAUCUACAGCCAGGACCCAUGCUCACAGCAUCAGAGAGCAUUGAACAAAACAGACUAAUGCCAGAUGCAUGUGUGGUAAAUUACCUGGACCUAACCCACCCAAUGAAUGGGACUUUUUCCUCCUUCCUUUUCCUCAAGAUUUUCACCCUACUCU